AUGACUGAAUCGUUAUUUGAUACCAAGUUCUCUGAACCUACCCUCGCUAAAGUAGCUGAUUCAGCGUCGUCCGCUACAUCGGCUAGCUCGGAUGGCCAACCUGCUGUCUCAAGCUCAAGUUCCAACGGAAGGUCUGAUCCCCAAGAUCAAUCAACUACUUUGCCAUCUUUGCAAUCUAAAGUGAACGCCUCAGCUUUGAUAAACUAUAGAGUACUAGUUUCUGCCAAAGAGUCAGGAUGCCUUAUCGGCCAAAACGGUCAAGUCAUUGACUCUAUACGUGCAGAAACUAACACCAAGGCUGGUAUAUCCCGCUUGCAGCCUGGUUCUCACGAAAGAAUCUUGACCGUUAGUGGUACUCUAGAUGACUGUGCCAAGGCCCUCUCAUAUUUCGCGCAGGCUUUGUGCAAUUCUACAAUUGAAACCUACAAUUUCUUUCCUCUUAAACAAUUGAGUUCCAAUCCUUGUAUUGAACAUCAGACUACUAUCUUGAGAUUAUUGAUUCCUAACAGUCAAAUGGGUACUUUAAUUGGAUCCAAGGGUUUGAGAAUUCAACAAAUUCAGAAUAAGUACAACAUCUCUAUGAUAGCAUCCAAAUCAUUUUUGCCAGGUUCUAAUGAAAGAUUAGUUGAAUUACAAGGUUCGGUAAACGACUUGUACGAUGCUUUGCGAAUCAUUUCUCGUUGUCUAAUUGAAGAUUUCUCGAGUAUUGUGGGGACUAACUAUUACAUCCCAAGGGGUCACCAUUAUAAUAACAGUUCAUCUCCAAGGGGUGCUAAUCCAAUUACUACUGCUUCUAUCAGCUUCCCAAAUGAUAUCGUUGGUGCAUUGAUAGGCAAAAAUGGUUCCAGAAUUCAAGGUGUUAGAAAAAUCAGUGGUGCCACCAUUGGCAUUUCCGAAGAAGUUGAAGGGAAGCCUGAGAGAAUUUUUACUCUUUCUGGUUCAGCUCAUGCAGUUGAAAAAGCAAAGGAGUUAUUGUAUCAUAAUUUAGAACGGGAGGAGCAGAGAAGAUCUGAAGCUGAAGAGAAGAAUUGA